CCUAACUGCAUCAUGUUCACAACAGUGACCUCACGCAAAGUCUGAUUGGCCAACCCGGUGUCGCGCGGGCACUAACCGAAGCGGCCCACGAAAUGCGGAGACGGACCUCGGCUCAUCCCCCAGACACAGACUCGCAACAACUUACCGGCGUUCCGCCAAACAUGUAGUUCUCACGGCCCGCUGCAACGCUGCUACACACCAAUCCCCGAGUCUGCGGUACUACGCGUACUACUACUACUACUACUCCUACUCCUACUCCUACUCCUACUCCUACUCCUACUCCUACUCCUACUCCUACUCCUACUUCUAAUACCACCACCACCAUGUCCCCCAUCAAACCCGAAACCGCCCCCCCACCGACCUCCCACGUCCUCCUCUCCUACCCCGCGCCCCACGUCCUCCUCGUCACCAUAAACCGCGAACGGCAGAUGAACAGCAUCCCCUUCGCGGGCCACCUCGAAAUGGGCGCCGUCUUCGACUGGUUCGACCGCGAGCCGACGCUGCGAUGCGCGAUCGUGACGGGCGCGGGCACGCGCAGCUUCUGCGCGGGCCAGGACCUGAUUGAGCUGGGUGCGAUACGCAGCGGGAAGAGUAAGGUGGACCCCGGGCUGUUGAGGCAUCCCGUGAGUGGGUUUGCGGGGCUGAGUCGCAGGGCGGGCAAGAAGCCUGUUAUUGCGGCGGUGAAUGGGUUUGCGCUCGGCGGGGGGUUUGAGAUUGUGCUUGGCUGUGAUCUGGUGGUCGCGGCGCCGGGCGCGACCUUCGGGCUUCCGGAGGCGCUGCGCGGUAUCUUCGCGGGCGCGGGCGGGCCGGCGCGGUUGGUGCGCAUCGUGGGCCUACCCGUGGCGUCGGAGAUGGCGCUGACGGGGACGCCGAUUACGGCGCAGCGGGCGAAGGAGCUGAACAUCAUCAACCGCAUCGCGGCGUCGCAGGAGACGGUGGUCGAGGAGGCGUUGAAGCUGGCGAAGGAGAUUGCGGCGAUUUCGCCCGAUGCGGCGAUUGUGACGAGGGCGGCGCUGAAGGAUAGUCUGGAGCAUGGCAGUGUGGAGCGGGCGACGCAGAUUACGAUUGAGCGGUUCAACGACGCGUUGCAGUCUGGUGAGAACGCGCUGGAGGGCUUGACCGCCUUUGCGCAGAAGCGGAAGCCGAAUUGGAAGCCGUCGAAGCUGUAGAGUGUAAUGCCAGAUCGGCACAGGAAGCCAUAUUGGAAGCCCUCAAACUGUAGAGUGUGAAUGCUAGAUCGGCACACGGGCGCCAGACUGCAAGCCCUCGAACCGUAAAGUGUGAAUGCCAGAUCGGCACACGGAAACCAGAUUGGCAGCCCUCGAAACCGUAGAGUGUAUAAAUCCAAAUCAGCAAGCAACGGAACUCUCCAUCCCAAGCUCUCCUUGCUCGUCACUCUUUGAACAUCCUCACUCUCCGAAUGCAGUUAGCAAGACACCAUACAGGCUUCGGCAACGCUCGGCAAUUCCCUUGCCCC